AUGCAAUCACCUGUGUUUUGGGAUGGAGAGAGGAACAGGAAAGAAGGAAUGCAGAGGAAGAGACUGAGCAGACACGGUAAUGGUAAAAGCCCCAGGGUCACAAGACGUGGCCGAGAGCCGACCCGGAGGGCCGACCCGGAGGGCCGACCCGGAGGGCCGAGAGCCGACCCGGAGAGCCGACCCGGAGAGCCGACCCGGAGAGCCGACCCGGAGAGCCAACCCGGAGAGCUGUCAGAACUGAGCGGCAGUGCCUAA